CAAAACUGCUGUCACAUGAUGAGGUGGGGUAUCCGCCCCACGUCCUCUACGACCUCCGAACUUGUCGCAAGGAACGAUUUUCGGGUUAGGUACGGACACUCGCAAUCCACAAAUAGCCGGGUCUAUUCACUCUUAGUCGUCGCUCUCACAAAGCAAUCAUGGCUGCGAAUGAACUCUACAGGAGGAUAUCUUUAGAUACAGAAGGAUACGAGGAGAUCUUGGAGAAAGCAAAAGAGAUAGAAGCCAGAUUCCACGGUUCAAAAAUCGUCUCAUCGUCUUUCGUCCUCAAAAAUCGAGUAAACUUCUCGGGUGCAUUCGCGUUUACGAAGCUGAAACGACAGUUGGAAAAACCACAAAGUUAUGGGACGUUUUUGAAGUGGAAGGGACAUAUAUAG